AUGGAUACACAUACAUCAAGCACAGCCAAGGACCACAAUAGGGGAGCGACUGAGACAGACGAUGAAGCCACCAAGUCCAUCCGCAGAGGGAUCACUGCAGUCACCAAAAUCAAUCUCGACGCCCCAGGUGAUCUCAAGCCUCACAUCGAAGGCAAGCCCAAGGAAUACGACAGCGUUACAUCCAAGAUGUCGAUCGACUCAUCCCGGAAUGAAGAUGUUCCCGAACAUCCCAAACCCACUAGAUACCAUUACACAAUAUCACAAAGACGACAACUCCGGGAACUGUACAAGACACAUGGACGAAAAGGCUCGAAGGGUGCUAAGGCGAUAGCGCAAGAGCUUGGUGUGUCGCCUCAUCAAGUUAUGGAUUGGUUCAGGAGUGAGAGACGGCAACCUCAUUCGGAGGCGUGGUUUUGGGGUGCUUCGAUCAAGACGGGUGUAGCGAAGCGGCGUACGAAGCGCUCUCGAAAGAGGACUAAGGAAGUAGGAGCUAGCUAUGGUAGUUUAGAUGCCAAGAGUGCUUGA